AUGAAUCCGGAGCAGCGGCUCAUGCCGCCCGUUCCCAACGUUGGCCUUGCGAAAUCACUUGAGGCCAUGUCAGAGGAGCCAAUGAGAAGCUUUGCGGCUGCUGCCAACCCUUUGCUGGCGAAGGCAACAAUGUGUAGCACCUGCAUCAUUGGCUUCUGGGCAUCGGUCAAGCUGAUGGAACAGUUUGGGGACACUCUGAAGCCCCUCGUCCUGGCUGUGAUGCUGGCGGGCUGCCUGGAAAAGGCAGUGGAGCUCUGUGAGUUCUGCCUCAACAGGCUUGGCAGCCUGCUGUGGUGCGCACUGCAAUGUCGCUGCAGCUUGCAGCCUUGCUACAGGAUCUUUCGAAAGUUCCGGCGUCCAGUGUCAAAUCCCACCACGCCGGGCGGACUCGAUCACUACACCACACUGGAAGCACUGCAGAGGGCAGAGGAGACUUGCAUUCCCGAGGAUGCAUUCGCACCCUGGACCGACGAGAGUGCUGGUGCGUUCUUUAUAGCCAGGUUGAUUUCUAUUGCUGCAGUACUUACUCUGGUGGGCCUGUUCCUGCUUCAAGUAUCUGCAUCCUUGAUCGCUAGUGUGAACGCCUUGGACAUCCACGUGUACAAGAAGGGCUAUCAGGAGAUAGAAGCGAAAGUUUUGCAAGGCUUCGAUUCUGCCAGUCCCAACGUGAAGGACAACAUCUCACGGCAGUUGGAAUCCUUGCAGCAGCAUCUCUCAUCAAUUGCUGUCACAGAGCUGAAUGCCGUACUUGCCGGCACGACGAGCUUCUUUGUGCAAAUUGUCAUGUUCAUGCUCUAUGCGUUUAUGUGGCUUCUCUCGCCUGUGCGCAGCGGUGAGCACAUCUUCCAAAUUGUGCGUACCUAUUUCAUGUACAAGGCCUUCUGCAAUGCAUUGUUCGCAGUCUGUGUUUGGGGCCUGCUCACUUUCAUACGCUGCGAUCUGGUCAUCGUUAUCAGUAUUCUUUGUUUUUUUCUGGGAUUCAUACCCGAGGUUGGUUCUUUUAUCUCUCUGGCGAUCCCGCUGCCACUUCUCGUGUUGGACUCACGUCAGACCAUAGAGAUGCGAGCCACCAAUGCCUUGACAGCAGUCGUCGGCAUGUUGGCGAUAAAAUUUGUUGUCUCGAAUGGCAUAGAGUCCUUGGUCAUGGCCCGCAGCCCCGUGCUCGCGGGUCAAGUGGAUGAGCAUUCCAAGUCCCACGAGACACAUCCAGUACUCAUCCUCUUUGCCGUGGUACUGUGUGGCAAUAUAUGGGGAGUGACAGGCAUGCUGAUUUCGGUGCCGAUGCUCUCCCUGGCACGGUUUGUUCUAAACCUUGAGACCACGAAAGAAGCUGUACGAGCAGUGCAAAUAAUCUCUCCACGACGGUUGCCGCACAACUACAUUAGCGAAAUGGCCAGUAGUGCGCGUAACAGCAAAACUUUUUCACGGGAGAGCUCUAAUGUUUGA